UGCGCGUGUGGAUAUUUUCUGCCUACGUGACCACGGCAGCACACGCACGCUCGCUUGUGUGAGCACUCGAGCGAGGAGGCACUGUGAAUUGUUAAAGGUUAAACGUUCAAAAAUAUCGGCCGCUGACUUAACUCGUUUUCUUUGGCCGGCGUUAGGUGGUGUCAUUUUUUUUAUACUUUUCGCAAAACGUUAAAGUGGACAAGUUGUUUUUUAAAUAAUUUUUUUGUUUAUAUUUGAUGAGAAUAUUUAUUUUGCGCUUCGCCACCAAGUGCAUCGCUCUCAGCGUGGGUGCUGUCGGUGUUUAACUUUGUCUUCACGUUGCGGUUUCGCGGUCGUCUUGAGAAAAUGGCCCUCCUGAGUGGUGCUGAUGCCAGCACCACCCUCCUUGGCCUGUGAAAAGAUGGCAUCUGUACGGCAGACACGCGUCCUCACCCUCAACGCCAUGGACAACCUGGAGCGCACGCUCUACCGCGUCAAGAAGGGCUUUGAGCUGCAGUUCCGGCUGGGCCCAAGCCUGCAGGCCUUCCCUGUGACCGUCUACACAAACUACCCCGAGGAGGGGGCCGCGUUUGAGAGGGCCCGCUUCCGUGAGCUGCCAUGGAAGCACACGGGAGUUGUGGGACAGUCGGACGCAUUCUGCUCCAUCAAGCCCCACAUGUCCGGAACCUACGAGUUCCACUACGUCUACGGGGCGGGCGUGAAAGCGCGCGGUUACCUCAUCGUCGACCCCGAGCUUGCGGUGGGGCCUAGCGACUCUCAGCGCACCCUGCCCCUCGACUGCAUCGCCCUCCACACCGUUCUCGCCAAGUGCCUGGGCCCCUUCAGCCAAUGGGAGCGCAGGCUGCAGGUCGCCAAGGAGACAGGCUACAACAUGAUCCACUUCACGCCACUGCAGGAGCUAGGCGAGUCGCGCUCGUGCUACUCGCUCGCCAACCAGCUCCGCCUGAACCCCGACUUCACGGAACUCGCGGCGACACCAGGAUUACCUGGGUCACCAGGGUCAGCGGCCAAGGGGCACGCACCCAGCUGGGAUGAUGUAGGGACGCUCGUGGAGGCCAUGAGGAGAGACUGGGGGGUCUUGAGCAUCAGCGACGUCGUCUACAACCACACAGCCAGUAACAGUGACUGGAUCCAAGAUCAUCCGGAGUGCGGAUACAACCUCUUAAACUCCCCACACCUGCGCCCGGCAUUUGUGCUCGACCGUGCGCUCUGGCACCUCUCCGUCGAGGUGGCCACCGGGGCCUGGACCAGGAAAGGCCUGCCGCCCUCCAUCACCACCGAUGCACACCUCCACGCCAUACGGGAGGUAAUCUACGAGGACGUGUAUCCGCGGAUUAAGCUGUGGGAAUUUUUCCAAGUCGACUACACCACUGCACUGGAGGCAUUCGCCAAGAAAAUCAGCGCAGACAAGGGCAUGAAGGUGGGCGGAGAGCACUCUGCGGAGGAGCUGAAGAUCAUCCAGGACCCCGCGUUCCGCCGCCUCGGCUGCACAGUUGACCUCAACCUGGCGCUCAAACUCUGCCCCCGCAGAAGUGAUGGUACUGUGAGUGAUGACGGAUGCCGUUGGCUGAGAUCUCGCCUCGAGGCUUUGAACUCUGAGGCUCGGAUUCUCGUGGAAAAUCAUCAAGCACAGGCGGUGAACUGCAUCUUGGGAACCGUUCGGUACGAGCGAAUUGCGGAGCAGGGCCCCAAGCUCGGAGCCAUCACACGCAAGCACCCGCUCGUGACCCAGUACUUCAUGUUCCCGAUGAAGGACGAGUUUCUGCUGGGGGAGGAGGAGGAGAUGAUGUUCGACCCCAAAAAAUCGUGCCGCUUCCUCGCCUUCAACGGCUGGGUCAUGGGCGACGACCCCCUCCGCAACUUUGCUGAGCCAGGCUCUAACGUGUACAUCAGACGGGAGCUUGUUUGCUGGGGUGACAGCGUGAAGCUGCGCUACGGACGCGGCCCCAGCGACUGCCCCUUCCUGUGGGCGCACAUGCGCGCGUACACGGAGCUCACGGCCAAAAUCUUCCAUGGCAUGAGGCUCGACAACUGCCACUCGACUCCCCUACAUGUCGCAGAGUACAUGAUGGACGCGGCCCGCACCGUCCGCUCGGAUCUCUUCCUCCUGGCCGAGCUCUUCACCGGCAGUGAGGACCUCGAUAACGUCUUCGUCACGAGACUCGGCAUCACAUCCCUUGUCCGAGAGGCCUUGAGCGCCGGCAACAGCCACGAGGAGGGCCGCCUCGUCUACCGCUACGGCGGCGACCCCGUGGGCUCCUUCAUCCAGCCGGGGUUCCGCCCGCUCACCCCCGGCAUUGCCCACGCCGUCUUCAUGGACAUCACCCACGACAACGAGUGCCCCAUCCAGCUGCGCUCCGUCUACGACUCGUUUGCCAGCGCUGCUAUUGUCGCCAUGGCCAACUGUGCCACUGGGAGCACGAGGGGCUACGACGAGCUGAUCCCCCACCAGGUGUCAGUGGUGUCGGAGGAGCGGCUGUACGCGUCGUGGGAGGCCGGGUGUGACCCCUGCUCCCCCGGGACUGUGGGCUUUCACUCGGGGAUCCUGGCUGGGAAGCUGGCUCUGAAUCAGCUACACAACCAGCUCGGGCUUCACAGCUUCUCCCAGGUAUACGUAGACCAGGUGGAUGCGGACAUCGUGUCGGUGACGCGGCACUGUCCGCACACGCACCAGUCGGUGGUGUCAGUGGCGCGCACGGCGUUCCGCGACCCCGAGAGUGCGCACUACCCCCGCGACGUGCCCUCCAUGUGCAUCCCGGGUAAGAUCGAGGAGAUCGUGCUGGAGGCUCGCACCGUCACUCGCAAGGGCUCCGAGUUCAUUAAGAGUAACAAAUUCAUCAAUGGCCUCCUCCGCUACACGGUGGACAUCACCCAGCACAUCCAGCUCAAAGAGAGCGAGAUGGUGGAGCUCUCCCAGGCUGGCUCGGGCAAGGGUGGCGCCUACGUGCAGGAGAUAGAGUUCGUCACCUUCCCUCCUGGCAGCGUCAUCGUUUUCAGGGUGAGUCUGGACCCUGAGGCCCAGGCGGCCGUCUCGUCUCUGCGCGCUCACCUCGUGCAGUUCAGCCCGCACUUCCGCAAGGGAAGUUCCAGUCCCGUUGAAGGUCACCCACCCUUGACGGCCAUGAACUUCAGCGCCCUCGUGUCUCAGCUGUCCCUGGCCGACAUGAACAUCCUCCUGUACCGCUGUGACGCCGAGGAGAAGGAGGAUGGAGGCGGCGUCUACAACGUCCCCGGGAUUGGGGGCCUCACCUACUCUGGCCUGCAAGGCUUUAUGUCCGUCCUGUCUGAGAUUCGUUCGCGGAAUGACCUCGGCCACCCAUUCUGUGACAACCUCCGUGCGGGUGACUGGAUGCUGGACUACGUCAGUGGACGACUCCUGUCCAAGGACGGGCCCCUCGUCGAGGUGGGACGCUGGUUCCAGACGAUGUUUGCGCUACUGAGGAGGAUCCCGCGGUACCUGGUCCCAUGCUACUUUGACGCCAUCAUGCUGGGGGCCUACACCACAACGCUGGACACCGUGUGGGAGAAGAUGUCUCCCUUCGUCAAGCAGGGCUCGUCGUUCGUGCGGGAGCUCGCCCUGGGCUCCGUGCAGCUCUGCGGCAUUGGCCGCGUCCCCGCGCUGCCGCCGCUGUCCCCGCUGCUCGGGGACGUCCCCACGCGCACGCAGGCGGACACGGGGAGACGGGAGCAGUGCUGCAUCUCCAUCGCCGCAGGUCUUCCUCACUUCACAACGGGGAUUUUCCGCUGUUGGGGCAGAGACACGUUCAUCGCUCUCAGGGGACUCCUGCUGCUCACGGGGAGAUUCAUUGAGGCCAGGAACAUCAUUCUCGCUUUUGCCGGGACCCUGAGACACGGCCUCAUCCCCAACCUCCUGGGCCAGGGAGUGCACGCGCGCUACAACUGCCGCGACGCCGUGUGGUGGUGGCUGCAGUGUGUGCAGGAUUACUGUGUGCUGGCCGACAAGGGGAGGGAGAUCCUGGCUCUGCCCGUCUCACGGAUAUUUCCCACGGAUGAAUCCGACCCACAGCCGCCAGGAGCUGUGGAUCAGCCGCUGUAUGAGGUGAUCCAGGAGGCCAUGCAGAGACACGCACAGGGCAUUGCGUUCAGAGAGAGAAACGCGGGGCCAAACCUGGACCGCUGCAUGAAGGAGGAGGGGUUCUACGUCUCUGUGGGAGUUGACCUGAAGACGGGCUUCGUGUACGGCGGAAAUCGCUACAACUGUGGCACAUGGAUGGACAAGAUGGGGGAGAGUGAGCGGGCGGGAAACCGGGGCCUGCCAGCCACACCACGGGACGGCUCUGCGGUGGAGAUCGUGGGUCUGUGCCGCUCGGCCGUGCAGUGGCUGUCCGAGCUGCACAGGAAGGGCGCCUUUCCCUACGAUGGCGUCAGCAUCGACGUCGACGGUACGGUGUCACACCUGUCGUACACGGACUGGGCGGACCGGAUCCUCCGCUCCUUUGAGCCCAAGUUCUACGUCCAGGACAAGAGCGAUUCCCAGAGCCAGGACCCCCACCCCGAGCUCGUGCACAAGACGGGCAUCUACAAGGACAGCUAUGGGGCCUCGCAGCCCUGGUGCGACUAUCAGCUCAGGCCCAACCUCACCGUCGCCAUGGUGGUGGCUCCUGAACUCUUCACCCCAGAGAAAGCCUGGAAAACACUUGAAAUUAUCGAGAAAAAACUUCUCGGCCCGCUCGGCAUGAAGACACUGGACCCAGAUGAUAUGGUUUACAAUGGAGUCUAUAACAAUGCCGAUGAUGGAACCGACUUCAACAAAGCCAAGGGAUUCAACUACCACCAGGGACCGGAGUGGCUCUGGCCCGUGGGCUACUUCCUCCGUGCAAAACUUCUCUUCUGCCGCUUCAUGAGCGAGGAGAUCCAGAAGGAGACGAUUGCUCUCGUCAAGAAAACACUGGCAGCUCACCAGACUCACCUUGAGAGGUCCCCGUGGAAGGGUCUCCCAGAGCUCACCGACGCCUCGGGCCGCCACUGCCCAUUCAGCUGCGAGAGCCAGGCCUGGAGCCACGCCGUCAUCAUCGACGCCGUGCAUGCCCUCACCGGGGGCAUGGUCGCAUAGACGUGCCUUCUGUACGGGGACAGGGAUGCCUAGGUCGCCUAGGCGUGCCCUCCGUUGGGAGGCAGGGCCACCGGGGCAUGCCCCUGUCACAACUGGCAAGGCUGAUUCAAGUGCAUUCGCGAGGGGCGUGGCCCAUUAAAGUGUAUUACCAGAAACAAGGUGGCUUAGCGCAUGCCCCUCCAUCGUGGGCAAUUGCAAGGGGCUUGGCCCACUGAAGUGUAUUACAAAGGGACGGUUGAUUGUCAUGUAUCAGAGGGGCAAGGCCUAUUGCAAUGCAUUAUAUGGGCGUCGUUCAUUGAGGUGCUUUAGAGGGGGCAUGGCUGCAUAGGCUGUGCCCUUAGUAGGGUCAAGAGCAGCUAAGGGCUGUCCUAUUAAAGGCAUAGCCCAUUGCCACAUGUGUCACGUGGCCAUUGAAGCAUUACAGGGAAGGAGGGCUCAUUGAACCAUGAAGGGCAUUUCCAAUUCACAGAGGGCAUUUCUCAUUCAAAAACAUUACAAAGGGGUAUAUCGCAGUGCACCACUUGCAAACCACAUGGCCCAUUGAACUGCAAGAGGACAUGGCAAUUUAAAUGCAUUAGUGGGGCAUGGCCCAUUGAAACACAUUUCAAAGGGUGCGUCAACACAUUUCACAGGGCAUUGCCCGUUAAUUAAAAAACAUAAAUGGAAUAGUAGGCAAAUAGCUCAGUCUAGUGAGUGUAGCAACAUAAUAUUGCAAUGGCGUGUUUAAAGAAAUAAAUGACGUGAAAAAAUGUACCACCAAAAUCAGUGCACAAAAUUCACUUUAAAUGGAAAAAAACUAUUUUAGAUUAAAUGUGUAGGCCACUCAGCACUUUUCAACUUGCUAAAUAAAAUGUUAGCUCCCCCCCCCCCCGUAAUGAUCGUUUAAAGAAAGACCCUGCCCCAAAUCACCAUACGGCUCUUCCCAAGUAGCCACCCAUUCAUGCUGUGUGCCUCGGGUCUGCCCAUACAAAUCUGCAACGUCACCAUUCGUAGCAGCCAUGAUCCAUCCACUGCUGGAUGAAGGCCUCAUCAAGUCGCCGCCACAUCUCACGAUCUCGUAAUGCAACAAUGCAUUCAGUCACCUGCACACGAGCUGAUUUCAUUGUUCCAUCUCCGCAUAGGACCUAAGUCUUGGGAUUGUCCCUUCCUUUGGCUGCCACUUUGUCGUUAUUCUCCAGCAAUGUGUGCUGCCCAAGGCCAAUAGCUUUUCUUAACAGUAAAUAUGAUUUUUGAUUUAACGCUUUCGUGACUGCAGGGAUUCAUAUUCUUGAUUCUUUCCCUUCUACGUGACUUUACCGAAAGAACCAAGAAUAGUAAAUAUGAUGUCUCCUAACUAGCAUACAUUCUUUAAGAAGCUGCGUUAUUGAGGAAAAUAAACUUCGAAGUGACCUUCAUGAGCGCUCUCGUGAUGCCACUGCAAUGCAACUGAAGAACAUGUCAUCAAGCGUCACUGAUGCUAACCUUUAAGUAAAUUUAAAGUAUUCUUCUCACAAAUUAAGAAUUUGAACUCAGGAGGGAGAGCCCCGGUACACGCAGCCAUGGCAUAUAGCUACUGGAGCAGACCUGCGUGUGCUUUAUGUUGCGUCGCUCAUCAACGAGUCUGCUUUUAGACAACUAUUUAUUUUAACAAAUGUGGGUAGUAAUUGAAAAUCAAAUUGCUAAUGGUGACUUAAAAGUUUAUUUCAGUUUUUAUGCCAAAUUGAUUUUAUUUUAUUGAGAAUAUCAUUGAUAAUAGGUCAGAUGUUUCAUAACUCAUCUGAUAACCCUUGUUUUAUCUCAUCAGAUAGAGAAAUCCCAUCCCAUUUUAGCAAAUCCAAUGCCUUUGUCUUGUCCGAUAUGGAAGACUCAUCUCAUCCAAAACAGAACUAUUGCCAUGUCGAAGCUGAUACAGAACCCUUGUUUCUUCCAAUGAAGAAGCUUUAACUUGGCCAUUACAGAAUACCCAUCUCAUCUCAUUCAACACGGAACAUCACAACGGAUCACAUCACAACCUUCGUCGCAUCCGAAUACAAAACCAGUGAACUUCAAACAUUGAGCCUCUUCAAAUGUAAUGGUGUAUCGGAUUUUAAAGGUUUACUGACGGUUGAAUUUAUGGUGGAGUGUUGUAGAAUGUCGUUGCAUGCAAUCAACCUAGUAGCUUAGGCUUUUAAGUGACACACAUUGAAACACAUAAUUAAGAAACACAAAUAGUUAUAUAUCUGAUGAUGCAACUCAAACACACUUGCAGCUCUUGUCUAGAACUUACUCCCUUCGGUCGUGUGGCCUGGACUAUACCCCGCAUGCAUCUGAAACCUUUUUUUGUGGGAAGAAAACGCUUUCAAUUUCAUUUCAAGCGCAGUCUAUUGAUGUCACCGAGGUGGCGUACGAAAAGUCAGGCUGCUGUGCCCGAUUGAUUUCACUACAGUGCUCCUGGAAGUUACUUUAACGUCUUCUUCCCUCACUAGUUCAUACACAACAGCCCAGGACACACAGCUCGGAUGUGUGGCUACUAGAGAAGAGCUGUGGUGUUUGAGUGGCGUCUUGUUUUAGCGAAAGUCUAUCAUAUCAGGCCUUAUGGAGUGUGUUGCUGUGUGAUAAACCAAUAAAACGGCACCUGAUUGAAACAAA